UACCAGAUAAGUUAAAGUGGUUAUUACAAUCAAAUCAAAUCAGUAAAUUGUUUAUCCAUCAUCUUCAUUCACUACAAUUACAAUUAUCACAAUUGUAACAUCAUUAGUUAAUUACAGCCAAAUUAAAGUUAAUAAUUGUUAUAAGAAAACAAAGUUUACCUUAAUUGUUGCUUUUACCAAAAAUCUAAUAAUAAUAUUAUUAUUAUUAUUUUGUUAUUGAAUUAAAUUCUGUGUUAAAUUAACCAUUAACAAUUAAUCAAUUUCAAUCCAAUUACAAUAUUAAUUGUUGUGAUUAGUUAAAUUGUUUAUCUUUUAAAUUGUCAUCUUAAUCAACUGUAUGAAAUUAACAUCUAUUAUCGGUAAUAUUUGCCUACAGCCAAAAUCUUCUGGAUAAUUAACUAAAUCAUAAUUGUUACUAAUUUACAAUUCUAAUUGAAUAACAACAAGAAGACUAAAUCAUUAUGCCGACCAUUGGUCAAUACACUUCAAUCACAAUCCUUUUCAUGGUUUUUGGACUCUCGUUGGCUGGUAAAUCACCUUACCAUUUAUGCAAGGAACGUAGUUCAAUGUCAAAAGAUAUUAAGAUCAACAUCUCUGAUUGUGACCACAAGGAGCGAUGUCCUUUAUUUAGAGGUCAGAAUACAACCUUAUCCGUUAUAUUCACUCCUCAAUUUGAUUCUUCUCGUGGUAUUGAGAGGAUUCUUACAGGUAAAUUUGCCUCAAUCAAAGGUAAACGUAUCGUUGAAUUGCCGAUGGUCAAGCCAAUUGAUGCAAGUCGAGAAACAAUUAGAUUGUCUGAUAAAAUCUCGGUAAUUACGAUCCCAAUUAAACGUAAUUUACAAUACAUCACACAAUUUACUUAUGCUGUUCCUGUUGCAGCGGCUAAGGGGCCAUUUGAUUUACGAUUGGUGAUCAGGGAAAAAGUUAACGGAACCAAAUCAUGGAAACACAAUCAAGGAGCUGUUUAUGUUUGUGCUAUGAUUCCCUUGCAAUUUGCUUGACAAUUAAGGUGAUAAUCAGUGAGAAUUAACGUUUGGAAUCAAUUUAAUUAACAAACUUUUAAUCAACAAUCAACUAUUGGCCUUAACCUAAUCUCAACGAGUUCUUUGACUUUCUUAUGUCAAUAUUACAACAUAUUAAUAUUUUGCCGAUAAUCCUAAUCAUCAUCAUAAUCGUCAAUACAAUUACUGGUUCCCAACCAAUUGAUUGAAUCUAAUUGCUGAUCAAUUAAUAUGAUUUAAUUGUUACAAUCAAGAGAAAAGACAAAUUUCAAUUCACUACAAGUUGUUUUUUUCACUUAAUCUCAAGUGAUUGCAAUUUUAAGUGAUUAAGACAAUUGUGAAUUCAUUUACUAUUUAUUUACAUUGAUUCAGGUGAACCAACAAGCUUAGAUUGUUAACAAUUAACAUAUUAUAUUGAUCAUCAAUGAUUAACCAUUUAAAUUAAAUUGUUACAUUCUUGGAUCUGAGAUGAUUAUGAUUGAUUUAAUCAUUCUAACUUUUAAUCAUUACAAUAACAAUUUCCUCUCUCUCUCUCUCUCUCUUAAUUUUGAAAUCAAAAUUGUUACUAUUUAUCAUGGCAACUUUAAGCUAAAACAAUUAAUAACAAUUAACUAACAAUCAAUUAAACCACCGAGAUAAAAAAAACAUCAUCAUGAUAUCACAAUUUACAUAGUCAAAUCUAAUUGUUACCAUUUGGGAAGGUUAAAAAAUGAUGAAAGUUAAAUUAAAAUGGUCAACAUAUCGUAUUGUCAUGUUACGAUCUGAUUGAUAGUGAUUGAGACAAUCAACUGAUUAUAGUCAAGGUUAAGUUAAUUUGAUUCAUAAAUUGUGAUCACACAAACCUUACAUCCCAUUGAAAGACAACAAUUAAGUUGUUAAUCAGCUCUGGGCACAUUGAUUAGCAACUUGUAAUUGUUAUUAAUCAACAUUGAAAACCAUGUAAUCUUUCACAGUAUUAAUUAUACAAUAAAAAUAAAAUAAAAAGCUGA